CCCACUGCUGUUUUAUUGCUGAACAAAAUAGAGAGACUGCAAUAAAUUGUGGGAGUCGAACACGGUUGUGUUUGACAGAGCAAGUUAGCUACACGUGAAGAGUCUGCAACAAUUACAAAUUCCGCACUUAAGGCAAAUCUAGCAUUUUGAAGAUGCCAAAGCCAGCAGGAAAAACAGGCGUGGCUAUUAGGAAGAGAUCCAGAGUGCCUGGUGUUAUGGUCACACAGUAUGUCGAGGAACUUCCGCUUGGAUGUACUACGCCUGAUUUCAUCAGAAAACCCAUAGCAUUAACUAUUCAGGAAGGCAAACUGGCCUUUUUUAAAGCUGUUGUUAAUGGAUGUCCAGUUCCAGAGGUUACAUGGGGACGAAACAAGGAAGAGAUCUCUAAUUCAACCAAAUAUGUUACACGAUUUGAUGAUAAGAAUGAAGAAUAUAUUUUGGAGAUACCAAAUGUAGAUUCAGAUCAAGCAGACACAUACAAGUGUUUUGCUAUAAAUCAGUUUGGAAAAGCUAUUUGCACUGCUGCACUGAAUGUCAUUGAGGUUGGAUUCAAGAAAAGAAAGCCAGCGCCGAAAAGCGACCCAGAUGAGUUCAGAAAAAUGCUGAAGAAAACGGUUGUCAAGAGGAAACAAGAACAAUGUAAAGAGGGAGAAAUUGAUCCAAGGUUCUGGGAGGUGUUGCUGAGCGCAGCCAGGAAAGAUUACGAACGUAUUUGUCAUGAAUAUGGAGUCACGGACUUCAGGUGGAUGCUGAGAAAACUAAACCAGAAGAGGAAGGAAAGAGAGGCAGAGCAGUCCAAGUAUGUGGAGAAAGUCCACAGCAUGAAACAGAUCGAGGUAAAAACUGACGGCACUGCAGAAUUUGAGCUGGACAUGAAGCUAAAGGAUCCUAACAGUAAAAUCUUACUCUACAAAGACGGGGAAAUGCUUGACUAUGGUGAUGGAACGGAUGAUACUGCAAAACAUAAUAUGCAACAAUUUGGUGAAACGUACUUGUUCAGCAUUAGAGACGUUGGCCCAGAGGAUGCUGGCUUAUAUCAAGUGGAUGUAGAGGAUGCAAACAUGUUCUCAACUUCUCUAGCAUUGCCUGAUGUGGAGUUUAGCAGGACUCUCAAAGACACGAAAGUGGUAGAAGGGCAGGAUGCAGUGUUUGAGUGUGCCUUAUUGGACCCUGUCCCACAAAUCACCUGGUGCGUCAAUGAUGUCUCUGUGGAGCAUGGAGAUAAAUAUGAGAUCACAGUGUCGGAAGACCAGCAAGUGCACAAACUAGCAGUGAAAAACUGCACAAAAGAUGACAAGGGAGUCUAUUCAGCUAUUGCUGGUCUCAGAUCAAGCCAGGGGACUUUGGUUGUGGAAGAUGAUCCUAAAGCCAGUGGUAAAAGUGACGCAGAUGACCUAGCCAAACAUUUAGCUGAGGAGAAAGCCAGACUGCAGAGGGAAAUGGAGGAAGCUGCCAGGAGGGCACAGGCUGAAAAGGAUGAAGCAGCCAGGAUGGCACAAGCAGAGCGAGAUGAAGCGGCCAGAAAGGCCAAGAAAGAGCAAGACGAGGCGGCCAGGAGGGCCCAAGCUGAAAGAGAUGAAGCCGCCAGAAGGGCCAAGGCAGACCAAGAUGAAGCUGCCAGGAAGGCAAAGGCAGACCAAGAUGAAGCCGCCAGUAAGGCAAAGGCUGACCAGGAUAAAGCUGCCAGGAAGGCUCAAGAGGAGCAAGAUGAGGCGGCCAGGAGGUCCCAAGCUGAAAGAGAUGAAGCGGCCCGCAGAGCUCAAGCUGAAAGAGAUGAGGCAGCCAGGAGGGCACAGGCCGAGCGAGAGGCGGCUGAAAGAAGGGCAGCCAUGAUGGCAAAGAAAGAAGGACAAAAUGGUAGUGGAGGAUCAGUCCUGAGAGAUGUCAAUGAAGGUGAUGGAUCAGGGAUGAAAAAUGGAGAUGAAACUAGGAAACAUGGAAAAGGAGAUGGUUUAGAUGUAGAUGGUUCAAGUGGAGAUGGAUCAAGUGAGAAGCGCAAGAGACUUGCAAGAGAUGGUGAACUGGUUCCUAACUGCAUCACAGAGCAUGGAGUCCACUUCCUGAAAGGCUUGUCAGAUGCUGCUGUCAACAUUGGAGAAUCAGCAGAGUUGGGGUGCAAACUUAGCAGUGAAGAUAGCACUGGAUUAUGGUACAAAGAUGGCAAAAAGCUGGUGUCUGUGGAUGGAAUUACAGUUGUUAAAGAUGGGGCUCACCACAAACUAAUCAUCCACAACUGCAAAGAAGGAGACGCUGGGAAAUACAAGUUUGAGGCUGAAGGACGAAAAUCAGAGGCUUCGUUAACUGUUGAAGAUCCACCCAAAAUUGAUGCAGAUGCCUUGGGUAAAUUCUCAGAACAGGUUAUUGUGAAAGCAGGAGAAAACGCUUCUUUCAAGCUGCCAUUUUCAGGAAAAGAGCCAUUCAAGAUCCAGUGGUUUAAAGGGGACGAAGAGCUGCUGGAGGGUCACGGAGUCAGGAUUGAAAAGUCUUCAGCUCACAGUCGCAUACUUCUUGCUAAGUGUCAGCGCAAAGACACCGGAGAGAUCAAGAUCAAAAUCAAAAAUGAAUUUGCUACCGUGGAGGCAGCAUCAAAACUCAUAGUACUUGACAGGCCAAGUCCUCCACAAGGACCUGUGGAAAUUGUAGAAAGCUCCUUGUCUGCUAUCGAGUUUAAAUGGAGAUCCCCGAAGGAUGAUGGUGGUUGUCCUGUCACAAAUUACAACCUGGAGCGUCAACAGCUGGGACGGAACACCUGGACUAAAAUUGGAGACAUUCCUGGACAGCCUGCCUACAGAGACACGAACACUGAUCGUGGCCGAAAGUACUGCUACAGGAUCCGCGCAAAAAACUCAGAGGGCCUCAGUGACGUCAUGACAACUAAUGACAUCGCUGCCGGCACUUUGGCAUUCCCUGGCUCGCCUGCUCCUCCUAAGAUUGUCAGUGCCUUUAAACACUGCGUUAAUCUGGCUUGGCUUUCUCCCUCCAACACUGGAGGGGGAAGUAUCACUGGCUACAAUGUGGAAAAACGCAAAAAGGGCAGCAAUUUUUGGAGUCAAGCAAACCUGAGAGAUGAACCAAUCAGAGAGAAAAAGUAUGCAGUAAAAGAUGUAAUCGAAGGUGUAGAGUACGAGUUCAGAGUUUCUGCUGUUAACACGUGCGGCCCUGGAGAACCAAGCGGGCCCUCUGAAUGCGUGAUUGCAAGGGACCCCAAAAAGCCUCCCGGUAAGGUCAAAGAGCUUAAAAUGAGUGGAUCAAGCUACACCAGCCUGUCUCUGUCCUGGACUAAACCUACAGAAGUCAAAGGUGAGGAAGAUGAAGCAAAAGGCUAUUUUGUGGAAAUCAGGCCUGCGGAGCAACUGGAGUGGAGUCGCUGCAAUACAAACGCUGUAAAUCAGACCUCCUUUACUGUCGUGGGAUUGAAGUCAAUGGCUAUGUAUUGGGUUCAAGUGAUUGCCACCAAUGAAGGAGGAGAGGGGCUUCCGCAGAGCUUUGACAAUUAUAUCAUCGCCAUGCCUCCUCCGGUAAAGCCAAAGUUCACUGACAAAAAAAUGAAAAGCUUUAUGGUUGUUAAAGCUGGAAACACUGUUCGUGUCAGCGUCAGUUUUGAGGCUUCUCCCUUACCAGACAUUACAUGGCUAAAGGAUGGUUAUCCUGUAGGCAAACAUGUGACGAUUGCUAAUUUUGAAAAAGGUUCUCAGCUAUUUAUUUACACGUCAGAGCUGUCUGACACUGGCAUCUAUACAGUCAACGUGAAGAAUACGGUGGGCCAGGACACCUUCGCUAUUGAAAUAAGAGUCACUGAUGACCCCAAGCCUCCAGGUCCAGUAGAACUAGAACAGAAUGUCCACGACACUGUGACUCUGUCAUGGACUCCAUCCCCUGAUGAGAAACGAGACAAUCAUCUACAGUACAUGGUGAUGAAGCGAGACUCUGUCAAGCAGACAUGGCGCACAGUAGUCGAUCGCUUGUUCAACAACAAAUUCACAGUCAUUAACAUCUUGCCAGGACGAGAGUACACUUUCAGAGUGUUUGCCAAGAAUGAUAUAGGUCUCUCAGAGCCAUCAGUGUCUCCUGUUUGGGGAACCACCAAAAAAAGAGAAAAACUCACAUAUAGCAUGCCUGUAUCAAAAACCAUUGACUUCCAGGCAGCCCCCAAAUUUAUUGUCCCAUUGAAACUACAUGCUGCUCCGCCGGGUUAUGAGUGCCACAUGAGCUGUGCUGUUACAGGCAACCCGACCCCACAUAUCACCUGGUACCACAACAACAUCAGUCUCAACACAAACCCAAACUACUACAUCACCAACGUCUGUGGGGUUUGUUCCCUGCUGAUCCUGAGGGUUGAACGCAAAGACAUUGGAGAGUACAAGGUUGUGGCUGAAAGCCCUCUUGGUCAUGAUGAGAGCGCCACCAAGCUCAUAAUCAAAGAGUAAAGAAGGGACAAUGCCAAAGAACACUGGUGUUUUAAAAUGCAUUAUUAAAAGUGAAAUAAUAACUGAUGCGAUUUUAGGGAAUAAAGAAAAUUACCACAUGUAUGUAUUAAGCAUUAUCUAUCUAUCUAUCUAUCUAUCUAUCUAUCUAUCUAUCUAUCUAUCUAUCUAUCUAUCUAUCUAUCUAUCUAUCUGUCUAUCUGUCUGUCUGUCUGUCUGUCUGUCUAUAAUGUUACUUAUUAAAAGUAUCAGGUUACCUUGAGAUGUCUCAAAAGAGGCUGUGUGUGAAAAUUUGAAAUGACAGAUCACUGGUGUAAACAGUAAGUCUCUGCUGCAGUGAACAAUAUCCAGUCAUACAUUUUGUUUUUAUCAAAUAAAACUGUUCAUGGACAAGAGAAA